AUGAAUUAUUUGACCUCUCUUAGGUAUAAUCCAAUUUAUUAUGAUUAUCCGAAUGGAAUUUUAUAUGCUUUUGGAGGAAAUGAUAGUAAGAAACGAGUUACAAAAUCAGUGGCUGCUACUAAAUCUUUAAGAGAAAUUAGAAAAAGUAAUGGAAACGUUUACAAUACAACUGUUCAUUCAGAUUUUGGAGAUUUUCAACAAAUUUCAACUCUCACCACUGCUAUGGUCAAUUAUGCUGUUUAUUCGAUUAAUAAUCCAACUGGUGGAAGAUUAGUUUAUUUAUUUGGUGGAGAUUCAACAUUUGGAAUUAUUCAGGCCUCUAACUCAAUUACUAAUCUAAAUUAUUAUUCACCAAAUUUGGCAAAUAUUCCACCAACCUAUUUUGCACACUUCAUUACUGAACAAUAUAUUUAUUUAAUUGGUGGUAUUUCGAAUGGUGGUGUUUAUGAUAAUGGAAUUUUCAGAGCUAAUCUUUCAAGUUUAUUAACUCAAUGGGAAAGAUUUGCUGAUUUUCCAGUAACUAUUGCAAAGGCAAAUGCAUUUCUAUUGAAUGGAGAUGUUUAUGUCAUUGGUGGAAAGAAUAAUGAGACUGAUGAUAAUCGGAUUGUUUAUUCUGUUCCAUUGAAUGAUUUGGAAACACUUUCUGCUAAUUUUAUUGAGAUUGCUACCUUGAGCCGACCAACAGUUGGUUCUUCACUCGUAUUGACAAGGGAUUAUGGUUUCCUAUUUGGAGAUGAGAAUGCUGGUUCUGGAGUAGGUAUUGAUACUGUCCUUGUUUUUCCCACAAGUGAUGUUUCACAAAUAUUCGAAAUUGGUAUCAAUGAUUAUUAUUUCUCUUAUGGUGUUCCAGUUGUGGUUUCUGGAACUAUUGCUAGUUUCUUUGAGAGCACUCGUUCAGAACUUGUUGAAAUUGAAUUGGCAUCAGAUGCAGUUCCAUAUUGUUUCGGAUUGGAUGCAACGAAUCCAGUUGCAUGUUCGGGACAUGGAAAUUGUGUUGCCAAUGAAUACUGCAGCUGCAAGAGAGGAUAUUAUGGCAUGGAUUGUUCAGUCACCUUUCUAUGCAAUGGAACCAUUUCCUAUUCUCAGAAUGUGUGCAGUGGCUACGGUUCUUGUGUCAAUACGGAUGAAUGUUCCUGUAGAGCCAAUAGAGAUGGAAAGUUUUGUCAAUUCAGUUAUUGUAGUGGUAUUCUUAAUACUGAUCCAACAGUUUGUAAUGGAAAGGGAUCUUGUGUGAAUUCAGUUUGUCAGUGUGAGCAGGGAUUUUAUGGAAGUGAGUGUAAGAAUUAUUCGUGUUACGAAAUACCUUCCACUAAUUCUUCAGCUGCAUGUUCAGGACAUGGCACUUGCAAUUCACCAAAUAAUUGCACUUGUUAUGGACCUUAUUCUGGAGACAUGUGUCAGAGAUUUUAUUGUGGAAUUUUCUCGAAUGAAGAUGCCGAUAUGGCUUGUAGUGGGAAUGGAAAGUGUACUGAACCUGGCAAAUGCACAUGUAACAGUGGAUUUUAUGGAGCCAAUUGUGAAUCUUUUAAUUGUUAUGGUGAAAUAUUCAAUAGUUCAAGAGUGUGUAAUGGAAACGGUUCAUGUAUUUCACCAGAUCACUGCACAUGUCGAAAUGGCUAUACUGGAUCAAACUGCUCAAUUCCAACUUGUUUUGGAGAGAAUGGCACCUUGGCUUGUGAUUCACACGGAAUUUGUACAGCUCCUGAUACAUGUAAUUGUACAGGAGGAUACUAUGGCAGUAGAUGUUCAAUGUUUACGUGUUUUGGAGUCGAUUACAAGGAACCAUCUGUUUGUUCUUCUGAAGGUUCUUGUGUAGCUCCAGAUACUUGUGAAUGUAAUCAAUUCUAUACAGGAAAUAACUGUUCUCAUUACACAUGUUUUGAUGUGAGAGAUGACAAUUCAACUUUAGUUUGUUCAGGAAAUGGAAAAUGUACCAAACCUAAUGUUUGUUCAUGUAAGGAGGGAUACACUUCUGCCAAUUGCUCUGCGUAUUCUUGUAAUGGUAUUGGACAUGAUAAUUCAAAGGUCUGUAACUCUGUUGGUGUUUGCACAUCACCAAAUAAUUGUACCUGUCAAUCAGGUUACUAUGGUUCUGAUUGCCAAGUUUCAGAGUGUUUUGGAAUUAGAAGUGAUAAUCAAAGUGUUUGUUCUGGAAGAGGUGAAUGUAGUGGAAGAAAUGCUUGCAACUGCUCUCAAAAUUAUUUAGGAUCCCAAUGUGAAUUGACAUCUUGUUUCGGCAUUCUUUCGAAUAUAUCCAAUGUCUGUAAUGGAAAUGGAAAAUGCAUAGACUUUGAUCAAUGCUCUUGUAAGGAGGGAUAUUCAAGUCCCCAAUGCACAGAUUUCUAUUGUGGAACUUUUCAUUUUAAUAAUUCUGCAACUUGCUCCGGAAAGGGAAGUUGUGUUUCGCCUAAUUCAUGCAACUGCUCAAUUCCCUACUUUGGAAAGUAUUGUGAAAACUUUAAUUGUUUCAAUAUUUUGAAUAACCAAUCAACAGUUUGCUCUUCACAUGGAUCUUGCAUAGCUCCCGAUACUUGCAAAUGUGAAGAAGGUUAUUUGGGACAAAAUUGUUCCUCCUUUUCAUGUUUCAACAAGACAGCUGAUAGUGAUGAUGUUUGUUCUGGAAGAGGUUUAUGUAUUUCACCAAAUACAUGCAUGUGUACUGUGGAAGGGUUCCUUGGAAUGGAUUGCAACUUGUCAUUGCCAUUUGAUAUUUAUUUGAAUGUUUCGAAUAGUAUUGUUAUUUAUAGUGAUGAUAAUCCAAUUAUUGGAUUCAAAGUUUUAUCAAAUUAUAACGAAUCUGAUUUCUUUGGAUACAGAUUAACAUCUUCUGGAAUUGCUCCUGUCAAUCAAAAGAGCAAUGAAUUUACUCUUGACACUAGUCAACUUUCUAUUGGCCUUACCAAUUAUUUCCUAAUUGCCAGAUUGAAGAACAGCAGAACUUCCUCAUCUCUAAAACUUUCUGUUGUGAAAUUACAAAAAUCCAGACCAUCAAUUGCAAUUUCCAAGUUUGUAUCUGUCAAUGUUCCUGAAUUUAUUGUUUCUAGAAAUGCCACAACAUUUGACUUUUAUUUAUUGAACUUGACAAUUAGUGGGCAGUCUGUUUCUUCAUUAUUUGGAUGUAAUUCUAAAUGUGAUUCUUUGGAUUCAGUUUACAAUAUUUCCUCUUUACAAAGUUCUUCCUAUGUUCUUAUCAGUGAUGCAAGCAAUUCUAUUGGAUUUAGUCCAAUUCUUCAAAUUCCAUCCUUUACUCUAACUAAAUCUCAAUUGGAACAAGCAACAUUUUUACAAUUUGAUUUUACAAUUGGAUCUGCAAUUGGUUCCAAGAGAAUUCCAAUCAUUUCUGCACCAAAACCAAAGAAUGGUGUACUCACAGCUAGUAGCUCAAUUUCAAGAGGAGUUGCCCUGACAGAUGCCUACAACAUUGCAUCAGUUGAGUUUUCAGCUGCCACUCAAUUGUUACCUCUCAGUUAUGCUUAUGCAUUCUAUGAGCCAUCACAAGGCAGAGUUCUUAGAAUGAGUUCAUUCUCUACUAGCUCAGUUGCCUCCAUUUAUUUACCAUUCAUUGCAAGCAGUGGAAACGUCAGUUCAGUUGACAUUUAUUUACUUGUUAAGGAUGAUUUGGAUUUUAUUGAUCAGUAUUACAUUUUCACUCUAGAAGUCACACCAUAUUUAGGAAAUACUGAUUCAUUGUUCAAUCAAACUCUUCCAGAUUCUAUCAAGACAGUUUUUGCGUAUGAUAAUUCCAUCAAACAGUCGAAUUCUGUUGCAGAUCAAGUUGUGAAAAACAUUGAAAUUCCAACAAAUUCACCAGAAGCAUCUCUCUCUGUCAUUCAACAAAUUCUUCCACAAAAUGCCAAUACUCCAUCAGUAGUUAAGGAAGUUCAAUCAAAAGUUCAAUCAUUCCUUGGCAGUGUCCAAACAAGUCAAUCAGAGGAAAUGAAAAAGUAUGGUUUCGUAAAGAAUCCACUCAGUAGUACUGCACUCCAAUCGACUUUGAAUCUCAUUUCGGAUUUAUUCUCAUCCAAUAGGAAAUAUCCAGCUACUGGAAACACUUCAACAACAGAAUCUCUAGUUUUAUCAUUUAGUAAGAUUUUACUUUCGAAUGCUUUACCGAAAGUUGUCAAUUCCAAAGAUUCAGACCUACCAAAUGUUAAUUAUCAUUCCAGUGAAAUGAAUGUCACUGUCUCUUCACUAAUUUUCGGCUCAACCACUGACAAUGCAAUUCAACAAACUCUUCAUGGAACAAACUCACAACUUUCAUUGAAUUUAAAGAAAGUUGCCAAACAAUUUGGUGGAGAAUCAACAAAUAUUGGAUUAUCAUUGAUAACCUAUUCUCAAAAUGUUAAAUCGGAUAAUUAUUCUGCAAGUGUUCAAUCUGGAUCAACUCUGGUUGAAUUUAAAUAUUAUCAAGAUGCACAAGUAGUGACAUUGAAGGAUUUGGAUUCACCAUUUACUUUGAUAUUCACACCACUCAAUGAUCAAAUCAAACAAAAUUUAACACUCAACACUACGAAUGUUAAAUGUAUGUAUUGGAAUGAGGAAGUGUCAAUGUGGAAAUCAGAUGGCUGUCAAUAUUCAAAUUCCUCAAAAGAUUCUAUCAUUUGUCAAUGCACUCACACAACCAAAUUCUCCACUUUUAUUGAGUAUACUUCAUCCUAUUCGAACACAACUAAAUUGACCGAAACUGAACUAUUGUACAUUGCCAGCGUGUACAGUGCAGAGAUUAGUUUUGGAAUAAUGUUUGCAAUCUGCUCUGCCAUCAUUCUCAUUGUCUUGAUUAUUUACAGGAAGGAACAACCAUUACUUUCAAGAUUCUUGACUCCAUUCUUGGGAAUGCUUGCUCUAUUAGUGGAAAGUGUUUUAAUUUCAAUUGUGCAAAGAUCUGUACUUGUUAGUCAACUCUUACCAAGUCAAUCUAAAAUGUGGGAAUCUGGAGGCGAAACUGCCACUAAUAUUGUUGGAAAUGUCACUAUGAUUAUUGUAAACACAUUGAAUUUGACAGCCAUCUUGGCAUAUGUCAUCCAAGUUAUUAGAUUCCAGCUCCUCAAAUAUUUAUAUGAUGUGAUAGCUCAGAAGAAUAAUGGUCAAUCAUUCAUGAUGAAAGUAUUGAGAUUCGUCACUUCUAAAAAGCUUUUCGUCACUCUGAUUGUCAUUUCAUUAAUCUUUAAUUUGUGCUAUUGGUUAAUGUGGGUCUUGUUAGUGAGAUUGAGUGUUAUUACUGCAUCUGUUUAUACUGAGGCAGUUUCCAUUUCGUAUACAGUUAUUAUAUUCGGAUAUAGUGUGAUUAUUAGUAUUAUAGCAAUUGUGGAUAUUAUUUCUAGUACAAGACAAAAGAAGAUUAAGAGGAGAAGAAGGUCAACUGUCAAUUCAUUGUCUUCAACUAGCUCAACAAAAUCAUCCCAGUCACUUAUUCCAUCAAAAUCUACUCGAAGAUUCUUUUAUUUGGAUGCUCCUUUAUUUUUCAGAUCUGAAAUGUUCAUGUAUUUGGUCUGUUUUGCACUCAUGAUUAUUCAACAAGUUAUUGGAUUAGUUUCUAAUAAUUUCAGAUUUAUUGAUGCAAAUGCUUAUGAAAUUGCAAUUUAUUUUGAUGGAAUUCGAUUUGCAUUUGAAGUAUUGUACACUUGUGUGUAUUUACUUGUAUUUGGAGGUUUUGCUAUUCUUGUACUAAUUGUCUACAAGGUAAAAAUUAACAAGAGAAGAAAACAACUGGUCAACCAAGAUUUACAAGAUACUGAAAUGAUUGAAACCAUCUCGGAUGACAGAGGUUACGACCUCUUUGAACAAUUCUGCAUCCAAGAAUUAGCUACAGAAAAUCUCUACCUCUUGGAAUUACUGAGAUACAAUCCAGAGUUUGUGGAAGGAAGAAGUAUGAAUGAAUUGCCAAACUUUUUAGAAACCAUUCAUGAUUUGUUCAUCAAGACUGGAGCCGUUUCUGAAGUGAAUAUUCCAUCAACAACUAGAAAGAGAUUCCUGCAAAUGAUGAAACUUGUAAAGGAGGAAAAGAAAAUGUCAGUUGAAAAGAUAACUCUUGAAGUUCAGCAAUGUUUUGAAGAAUUGCAUGAUCAAGUUUCUGUUAAUUUGGGAGAUACCUUUUCAAGAUUUGUUCUAACAGAAAUUUAUGAGCAAUACAGGAAUCAACGUGCUUUGAAAAUGGAAUUGGUCAAACAAGCCAAUAUUGAUAUUGAAUUGGAAAAUUUGAAAUAAAUUUAUUACCUUUUUCAGAA